AUGGCGUUGGGAAGAAAGCGCCCCCGAAUAUCAAGUUACAUUGGAUGCCCAGCUACCAACUCCACGUGGUUUGCUCAUACCCUGUCGCGCCGUUGGAACUCUUUUACGAGUAUUCAGGAACCAACCCACAAAUUCGAAAGGUCAAAAAGCGUGAAAAGUGGAUCCUUGUUUCGUUGGAGCAAUUUCCAUCGUCAGUACCAAGAUCUGGCUGAUCUUGUGCGGUGGAGUUUCCUGAAGGAAACUCUAAACUGGCCCACACAUCAUCCUUACUCUCCAUUCCAGAUGGAGAUUGAGGAGGCGAAGUUGUUGUUGCCAAAGCAGAGUAGAUGUGGUGGCUCAAACGUGGCUAGCGGUGCGGUAUAUCCCAAUGGCAAAUCUAGAAAAAUGGGUUUUUUCGCUUGCAAGAGUCGGCAGGCGUUCCAUUUAGUCCAUCUUGGCCAUAUGUAG